GGUUACGACGGCCAGCUCCAGCAACGCAGUGCACCGGCACCACGACCCCAGAAUUCUUCCGAUAGCGUCGAGACCGGCUUCGAUCGACGACGCGACUGCGAAUACGCGAAAAUGGAGAGUGCGUCGAAGCGCAAGGCGGGUAAUGUUGCGCUGAGCCCUGGCGAGGGUCGGCCUGCAAAGCGACAGAAAGCGCCGACCGCUAGCGGAGAGACGGCUGAGUCGACAACGGAGAUGGGCUUGAAGUUCCUGGAUGGCUUGAAGCAGGCCAAAGACAAGACCGGACGGCCCAUUGCAGUGCAUUUCAUGACACUGCCAGACAAGGACGAGCUGCCAGACUACUUCGAGUUCACCAAACUGCCACUGGCCUUGGACUCGAUUGAGGAAAAACUCAACAAUGGCGAAUAUACUUCUCUUGCACAGGUCGAAAGCGACUGCAAACGGCUCGUCAACAAUGCCAAAGCAUACAACGACAAAAAGUCGAUCAUUUACGAGGAUGCUGAGCGACUUCGUAAAACCGCCUCCAACUGGAUGGUCAAGCAUAACCCUGCGUACCGUGAUGGGAAUUACGUAGCGGUCGCCACGCCAGUUCCAGGCGAGGAGAACAUGCCGCCUGGGAAACCAAUUCCACGUAUUGCAUCCACACCACGAGCUGCUGCUACGCCCACACCCGCGUCCACUGUAGCCACAGAACGUCCUCGACGCGCUGCAGCGUUGGCACAACCAGAGACACCCGUUCCUUUGAAGCCGAGACAGUCUACUUCUGCCGCGCCAGAAUCGCGAUCGACCGGUACUCGUGGAGCUUCUACACCGUCUUUCCAACAUGCGCAAGAGCAGAUCAUCCAAGAAAUCAUCGACCACACGGAUCCAGGUGGCGACCUUGCCAUUUUUCAACCGUUCCUCAAUCUUCCAACUCGUGCCCUGAAGGACUACUAUCAACUCAUCAAAGAUCCCAUGUCACUAGCAGCUAUCAAGAAGAAGGUGCAGGGUGUGGUCGGCCGUGACGCACCUACCGGUCAUACUUUGUUCAAGAGCUGGGAUGCUUUUGAAAGUGCAAUGAGUUUGGUGUGGAGCAAUGCGCGCAUCUACAACGAAGACGGGAGCGAGCUCUACAAUCUUUCUCUGGAGCUCGAGGAAACCUUCAAGGAGAAGCUCAGAGCUAUGAGAGCCAGGGUGGAUGAACCACCUCAGCCAAAACUUAAGCUGAACAUGUCUGGUGCAGCGCCGAGCCCAGCUCCCAAACCAAAUCUCAAGCUUAAGCUCAGGCAAAGCCCGGUCUCAGGGUCCAAUACGCCCAACGCCCGGGACUCUGCAACGCCCGGAGUCAUAGUAGACAACGAGGCACUUCAGCGUCAGCAACGGCACGUCAACGACAGCAUGGGCGGACGGCGGUCACGCCCAACAGACAAGGCCGCGACACCGGUAGCGUCGAAUCCAUUCUCUGGGACGAGGGUACCUUCCACUAUCAUUACUCCUGUCCUUGCUGCACAAGCACGGAAUGCUGGGUCACCAGUAGCGAACGGUGUGAAGCAAGAUGUCCAGUCGCCAGCAUUGAGUGCGAUCAGACCUGGCAGCAACGCACCAGAUUCACAACGAAUGAGCGUUCCUGCUCACACUCCGCUCCCAGCCAUGGCGCCGCCACAAGUCAUGUCACGCCCGCCAAGUGGCAGCCCACACCCCAACGGUCUUUAUAGCCAACAAAAUGGCCUAUCAACCCCGGGAUUUCAACAACCGACACCAUAUAUCCCGCCUUCUAUUCCCCGUACCGAUGUCUUCCGCAAGGUGCCUCUCAAAAAACUCAAUGAAGCCCUUAUCCCCAGUCUGACUCUGAACACGCAUCCAGCCCUCAAUCUUCCUCAUCCUUGGACUAUAACCAUCCCUGCGAGCAAGACCAAGACGCACCACAGCGCCACUAUCAAUCUCUCACCCACGCAUUCCUAUCUCCAGAUCACACCUAAAGUUCCCAUCGCCCUGACGGGCCGCAUGUACCGCCUCUACGUCCAAGUCAACAGCAACAAAACUUUCGAAGUCAACCGCGUGCCCGUAACUGCAGGCAUAAAUGGCAGCAGCGAAAGCACAGGUUUUGAGGGUGGAAAGAAGAAGGGCGAACCGGUCUUCGAGGCGAAGCUCGUUGGUGGUGUCAACAGAAUCGAAGUAGAUAUUAUCGCCGAGAAAGCACUAAGGGAUGGAGAGCUUGCGAGCGGCAAAGACAACACUGUGGAGAUUGAGAAAUAUACGGUAUUCCUGCACUUGGCAAGGCAGGGAUACUAAAGACUAUGACCAAGUGAGCACAAUAAGGCUCAGCAGACCGAGUCCGUCAGGCUUGUCAGACACUUCUGCUCGAGAAUUUCGCCGCUCGUGUACCGUUCCUUAAGGUGUUUUGGCGCUCUGGGGGUCAUUGAGCAUAAGGUACGCCUUGGUGCACUGGGAUUGGGAGGCUAUGGUUAUGUUUCCUUACUUUCUGUUCUAAUUUCGAGGACCCUCCAUUAGCUCGCUUGGGCAUCACUGGCCUGGCUUGUAUAGUAUCUAGCUGGACUUAAGAAAUGCACAUGGUACACGUACUAGCCGACCAAGCACGCCA